CAAUAUCACUGUGCAUCGAAGAUUCAAGAAGGGAACUUUCUAUUUCUCCCUCACUGAGGAAGGCGAAUUUGUAUGAAGGAUAUGCUUGUUUUCAUUGUGUCCCAGACCUCUGCGUUCUGUGACAGUCACUAUGACUUCUUACGACGAGGAUAUUCUCGACAAUCCGUUUUAUCAAGCUCUGUCUGGAAAGUUUUCUGAGCUGUAUGACGUUGCUACUAAUAAUGGCUGGAUGGUGUGUAUCCCACGCCUAGGUUCGGCGGCACGUCUGUCCUAUUCGCGAAAGGACUUUGAGAAUCAUUUGCUAGUGCCUGCAACAGAAUGUGAUGAUGAUGGAAAGCGACAUUUUGUAACACCCAAUGCAAAGAAAGUUACAAUUGAAGGCGACAUUAUCACUACUGACGAGGGGUAUGAAGCAAACCGAUCAGUGCGUAUUCUCUUUCAGGAAACAAACUAUAGCAGUCGUGAUGCCAAGUACAUAGUGCUGUGUGUUGACCAGCCUCUGGAGGGAGAGUUAUGUGAGGAAAUGAAAGUUGCCACCUUGCUGUCUUCUGAAGAUUGUAGCAAGUUUUUGUUUGCAGAUUCGGUUCGCACGCAGAAGCAGGUGGAUAAGCUACUGAAGCUGGUUUCGACAUCACUGAACAUCCUCGAUGGCGAUGCACUGCGAAAUACUGUGGAUGCCGUUCGAGCCACAAUUACAAGGACAAUGCAGACUGUGCUGAAGGACGGCAGUGUGCGCAAGCUGUCUCGCCAGAAUCAAGCAUACAUGGCCAAUAUCAAAUUGGCAGUAGAGACUUAUGUCAUGGAGACUCUCCACAACAAAAUCUUCCCUGCUAGCUGUGCUCUCGCUGCCAAGGACGAUGCAGCUCUAAAUAAGAAAACACGCAAUCUACAGGAGACGAGUGCAACAGAUUUCGGCUUGGAAUCCAGCCAGUGUGCAGGUAUCCCCAAGGCACGCCGAGAGUUGUCCUCAUUGAAUAAGUAUUCAACUCCUCUCGACAAAGCGUUCUGCUUGCGUCGAGUUAUCCUCGCUCUGUCAUCUCCUACUGCUGGUCAGGAAGGAGUGACGGCCGAUGACCUACUUCCACUUCUCAUUCUUUUACUCAUCCGUUCUGAUAUUGCGAACUGGAAGGGAAACAUGUUGUACAUCACACAUUUUAUGUCCUCUGCUGGCAGUGGAGAAUUUGUAUUUGUAUUGUCAUCGUUUGAAGCGGCCGUGGAGCAUGUCAUGAAUGAUCAAGUCAACAGUGACCAGCUGGCAAAGUCGGCGCCCAAUUCUAAUUUUCUUCGUCAGCAUUCCGACUCCAGUGCUGGACAGACGGCUAUUGAUGUAUUUUUCGAGUACGUACGUCAAAACGAUCUAGAGACAGUGACACGACGCCUGACUGCCAAGUUGGAAGUCAGCAACACCAUAUUGGAACAGAUGUGUCACCCGCUGUGCUCAUGUGCCGACUGUGACAAGCUACUGUCAGGUGUGAGUGGCACUCCAGCAGCCGGUGAUCCUAUGGAAGUGGCAGCCAACUCUCGUGAUGACCUAGGACGCACCGCCCUGCACGUUGCAGCUGAGAAUGGUCAUGGACAGAUGGUAGAGCUUCUGCUAGAUUGUGGAGCCGUUGCCAGCAGUACUGACUACCACUCCAGUACAGCACUGCACUUGGCAUGUCGACGUGGACAUCUGUCAGUGGUGAGUGUGUUGCUAGGCCGACUUGAUGACAUCAAUGCCCAGGACAAUGACGGGAACACCCUGCUUCAUCUUGCUUCAGCAAAUGGCCACGAGGAGGUGGCUCGUGCUCUAUUUACAUUGAGAGUCGAUGUUGACUGCAACGUCUCUAAUGAGCGUGGAGAUACACCACUGCAUCUUGCUGCACGGUGGGGGUAUGAAUCCAUUGUGAAGCUACUCGUCCAUUACAAGGCUUCUCCUCGCACUACCAAUCGGCACAAGGAGGCACCUAGCGACUGCACUCACAAUCAGCGGAUCAUUGCACUUCUACAAGCCGAAAUACAGCGACUCGAGAAUGAGGAGUCAUUUACUCAUGUAAAGGAAUCGGAAGCAGUGACUGUGGGUGAAUCCAGCUCCAAUGCCAGUAUAACAACUCCAGGAGAGGACCGAACACAUCCUGUGGCUGAUAGCGGCCAAGCCAGCUCCGGAAGUAACACGCCCGAGAGGGGAUUUUCCCCUGCACAAUCUCGCCGCAAAGUGUCCUCCCCCAAGUCGCGCAAGUCGUCGAAUGUUGCCAUUCGAAAUACUUCCUCUGAUGGGUUGACACGAAAGAAGUCGCGCGGCUCAUCCUCUGCUCCCAAGCAGGUAGCAUCCUCCCCUGUGGAGACAGACAGCGGUCCACUAACCGGUACGGUGGCACAGCUUCAGAAGGAGAUUGAUCACUUGCUGAAGCUAUGUGCGGAUGGCGACGUUCCCAUGGUGCGCUACAAACUAGGAUUUGACGAGGAGGAUGCAACCAAGAGUGCUGUUGUGUACGAAGAAAGCGAUCUUUGCCAUCCUCUCUGCGACUGUCCAUCAUGUCAAAACAUCAGAACUAGGGGUGCGGCCAUAGCACGCUUGAGCACGGAGAGUUGCAACACGGAAGGCAUGACGUCGCUGCACGUGGCCUCGCUGCACGGUCGCCGUCACGUGGUGCAGCUGCUGCUGCGGCACGGCGCCAUGGUCAACUGCAAGAACAAUGCCAAGCAGACACCGCUACACCUGGCAUGCCAGUAUAACCAUCAAGACAUUGUGAUGCUACUGGUGGAUUACAAUGCCAAGGUCAGUCCACCGGACGUGAAUGGCAGAACGCCACUGCACAACUGCUGUGCCAACGGGCACGAUGCGUCCGCGGCCAUCCUGUUGUUUCAUGGUGGCGAUGUCAAUGCACCAGAUCGCCGUGGGAACUCCCCUCUCCACCAGGCAGCAAAGUGGGGACAUGGUACACUGGUGCACACUCUGCUACUUCAUGGUGCGUCGCCGUUCCUGAUGAAUGCUGCCCAGCAGAAGCCCAUACAGCUAAGCCAGGAUGAGGAAGUGCGCAGUAUUCUGUUGCGCGCCGAACGAGGUGACAUUCCGAUUGGAUCGCAUCGGCGACGGAACUCUCUCGGCGAUCACCCACCGGCCGACGAGGCAAUGCAUGCGUUUGUGCCGCGCCCUGGUGUAACACAGGUAACGUCUGAUACCAGGCUACAGGCCAGGGCCACGCCACCAAUGGGUAGCUCACGUGAUAGAACCACUUCACUUCGUGCGGAUGGUACUGUUCCUAGUGAUCUGGUUCGUGUCGCGAUCAAGACCGUCUCCAGGGAUCCAGCUGCACUCAGGUCUUCACCGAGCAGCGGGCGUUCGCCUCGUAGUUCUCCUAGCAACUCAAGACAGUCAUCCAUUGUACAAGUGGGGACAUCAACGGGUGUGAGCAAGUCCGUUUCCAGAGGUCCAGUCGCACUGAUAUCUUCUACGAGCAGUGGGAGUUCACCUCGUGGCUCUCCUGGCAACUCAAGAUGGCCAUCAAGUGCACCAGUGGGGACACCAACGGGUGAUGCAGUGAACAGCGUCGCUGAAACCAACAAUGGAGACAGCAGCCGUGGGAAGGCUAGUGGCGAUGCCAACAACACCUCUGCUCAUGUUCCUGCUGCUCCUGUCUAUACUGGUGGUGAUGUCCUAAACGUGAAGUCACCCGUGACAUCUUCUCACCAAGCUUUGCCCAAUACUGAAACUGCCACCAAGGGAGACGCAAGUCACGUUAGCUCCGAGUCAAGAAUUUCCGAGAGUGCAGAACCGUUGGACAUAUUUCCUGGUCCGCAGCGCAGCAGUACGCCAAUUGAUCCAAAUUCGCAUGAAGAUCAACCCGGUGUGUCUGCAGAUGAGACGACUGCCCGGCGUACCUUACACAUCAGUCCGAACGCUUCACUCACAUCUACCAAGUCAGCAUCAUCACCUCGCCUUGCACCUCGUUCCGCCAGCUCCCGUCGCCUGGAGGAAUUGCUGAAUGCUAUAGAGGACCGAAGUAUGGAACAGCUGCGGACACUGUCCUCACUUUCGUCAGACGUGAAGAAAUUCAACAGGAGGGAAUCACUGCGUCGCUCCAACACUAAUGAUAGGAGUGGGCCAUCAACGGCAUCCAUGCACCAGUACUCCAUCACACACUUCCAAACAUCCAGGCUGCGCAGAGUAUCCACGCGUGACUACAGUCAGCCGCGGCUUCAGAACUGCCACACCGAAGAAGACACACCACCUCAGCCAGAUGUCGACAAGCCUGCUUCGCCACUACAAACAACAGGAGCAGCAGAAGCGCCAGUUGCAUCCAUAGCAGGGCCGGCACGCUUGGCUGACCCCAAGUUGGAAGGAUAGUUAUUCUGUCUCUCGCACAUGGGGUGGCUUGCCAUCAUGACAGUACAAACCUUCACAAUCAUUAUACUCUACAUAUAGCCUUACAUACAAACUUCAUGAUAAUUUUUUAACAUAUGGCCACUACUUCACUGGGUCUCUUCUCGUUAUGAGGACAUCCACAAGUAGCAGUGCACAAACCAGUGCAGUAUGUGCCGUUGUCUAUUUCACUGUACCACUCGCAGAGAUCCCCAUAUUUUCUAUUAUAUUAUCUACUCUCUAAUGGAGUGAUAACUUUUAUACUAGGUGAAGUCUGGGUUGGGAGGUGUUUUUAUCCGUGGGCACAAAGAAGCCAACUAUAUAACUUUUGUUUUUGGACAUUCAUUUUUAUGAAUCUUUUUUUUUUACUUUAUCACAGGGAUCUCCCUCCACACGGUACAAGUAGAAUCAAGACUACAGUCAUAAGCUUU